UUAAUGUAAAUAUAUUUUUUAAGCGAUAAGUUUCAUUUUAUUUGUACUUUGUAGCCAGUUCUCUUCUCAAUAGUUUGCAAUACCUUUUUGUGUUCGUGGUGUUAUCAAAAGAAUAAAUCAUGAUUUUUCUCAAAGGAAAUCGGAUAAUUAGCAUCAAAAUGUGUUCAGCAAAGCUUGUGAAAGCAAUGGCAGCGUAUUCGAGCAAAGUGUCCCUCAAUGAGGUGGUGAUCGUAUCAGCUGUAAGGACUCCAAUUGGAUCAUUCAGAGGGAGCCUGGCUAGUCUAUCAGCCUCAGACCUUGGAGCUAUCGCAGUUAAAGCAGCGGUCGAGAGGGCCGGCAUUCCCAAGGAAGAAGUAAAAGAGAUUUACAUUGGAAAUGUAUGUCCUGCAAACCUGGGACAGGCCCCAGCCCGACAAGCCUGCAUUUUUGGUGGUCUCCCUAAAAGCACAAUUUGCACUACAGUAAACAAAGUGUGCUCUUCAGGGAUGAAGGCGAUCAUGCUGGCUGCACAAGGCUUACAGACCGGAGCCCAAGAUGUCAUGCUCGCAGGAGGAAUGGAGUCGAUGUCUAAUGUACCCUUCUAUCUGAAGAGAGGAGAAACAUCUUAUGGUGGAAUGCAACUAGUUGAUGGAAUUGUAUUUGAUGGCCUCACUGAUGUAUAUAAUAAGUUCCAUAUGGGCAACUGCGCAGAGAACACUGCUAAGAAAUUGAAUAUUUCCAGACAAGAUCAGGAUGAGUAUGCUAUCUCAAGUUACAAACGCAGUGCUGCUGCACAUGAAGCUAAAGUAUUUGCAGAUGAAAUUGUGCCUGUACCAGUACCUCAGAAGAGAGGAGCACCGCCUAUCAUAUUUUCAGAGGAUGAAGAAUAUAAGAAAGUAAAUUUUGAGAAAUUCAACAAGUUGGGAACGGUAUUCCAAAAAGAAAAUGGAACUGUGACAGCUGGCAAUGCAUCUACAUUGAAUGAUGGUGCUGCUGCUUUGGUUCUGAUGACGGCUGAUGCUGCAGCAAGACUUAAAGUCACUCCUAUUGCCAGAGUUGUAGGCUUUGCUGAUGGUGAAUGUGACCCUAUCGAUUUUCCCAUUGCCCCAGCAGUAGCCAUCCCAAAACUGUUAGAAAAAACUGGAGUAAAAAAGGAUGAUGUAGCACUCUGGGAAAUAAAUGAAGCUUUCAGUGUAGUAGCAGUUGCCAAUCAAAAGGUAUUAGACUUAGAUCCCAAAAAAGUGAAUGUCCAUGGAGGAGCAGUUAGUCUUGGCCAUCCAAUUGGCAUGUCUGGUGCUCGAAUUGUAGUGCACCUGUGCCAUGCUUUGAAGAAAGGGGAGAAGGGUGUUGCAUCCAUUUGCAAUGGAGGAGGGGGAGCUUCAUCUAUUAUGAUUGAAAAAUUGUAAGUUUUCCCACACUGCUUUACUUGUGCCUUCGAUAAUUUGCUGUAUAACAGUUGUAUAAUAGUAUGAGUGAAAUAUUAUUUUUAAGUAUAAACUGAUUGUUGAACAUUGACGAAUUUAAAUUGUAUAUAAAAUUAUUUUAUACCUGGUUGUAGUGUGUGCUAUGAAUGUUAAAUAAAUCAUCUAUUUCCAUUUGA